GACAUCAUCCUUGCGAUGGAACGCGGGCACCAAGGAACGGAUGUUGAUCAAGGUGACCGACCGCGAGCCCAGCUUCCUCAUGCACCAAGGCAACGGUUACUCAUCCGAAAACCAACCGGGCACCCGUUCACGUCGACCAUCAGGUGGCCAACAGUCACCCAACCUUCAAACCUUCAACCCUGACACUGAUAACUCUGUUUUCUUCCCGGAGAGGAAACCAUCACCUUUCUUGAAGAGAGCUGAGCACGUGGGUAGUUGUUCACCUCUACUCGCUCAACAUCGUAAACACUCCAGUGAGUCACAACCUUCUUCACCCCGUUACGCCUACGAGCCCCCACUCUACGAGGAACCUCCCAUGGAGUACCAAGCUCCCAUUUAUGAUGAACCCCCUGUAGAUAUGCAGUAUGAAGCCAGUGGGAGCUACAAAGCCAGUUCACCCCAAAAAUCACCCAUCAGGAAACCUCACCCUUUUCUCCAGUCACCUAAACAAGGUUCUAACUCACCCUACCAACAGUUGGUGCUCACCAAACAGAAAUGUCCUGACAGGUUCAUGAGCUUGGAGUACAGCCCAGCUGGCAAAGAAUACGUCAGGCAACUGGUCUACGUUGAGCAAUCAGGUUCCAGCCCCAAGAUGAAGACGGGGUUGAGGCACAAAUAUUCACCCAACCCCAUCGGUGGCUCCUACUCGUUACAGCACAGCCCUUGUUUAGUCCGGGACCAACGUUUGGAGAUCAAAUCAGGUGACUACAGUAGUAUGGAGGGACCUGAUUUUUGCCCUGGCCCAACAAGUGGUCAAGUGGCCCAGGGUGAGGACUCCAUGUCAUGGUCUAGUCAACAGGACACGUUGUCCUCCACAGGUUACUCACCUUCCACUAGAAAGAGGAAAAGUCGAAAGCCUUCCUUGUCCCAUGACCCCAACACCUCCUCCACGGAUGGUUCAGGAGACCGGGAGGUAUUGAGUGAGCAGAUGUUGGGUGAAGAACGAGCCACCCCAGGAUCUAACAGGUCACCCAUGAACCGUACGGAGAGUAAAGCGGUGGAGGCAGAAGCUACGAGGGGCUUCCCAGAACCUUUCCUGGCACAAGCACGUCUGGCUUGGGAGGCCCAACAAGCCCACUACCACAUGAAGCAACGGAGCAGUUGGGAUUCCCAGAAGGAUGGUUCAGGCUACGAGAGCGAUGGUGCCCUCCCUUUGCCCAUGCCAGGUCCAGUGGUGAGAGCCUUCAGCGAGGACGAAGCGUUGGCACAGCAGGAGAACAAGCAUUGGAAGAGGAACACCUUUGAGAAGUUGGGUUUCCCUCAGAUCUUAUUGGAGAAGAGCGUUUUUUCCGUGCAGACCAACUUGGCUUCUCCUGAGCCCUACCUGCAUCCAUCUCAGUCAGAAGAUCUCGGUGCCUGCGCCCAGUUUGAGAGCAGCAGACAGACCAGGAACAUGAUGCCAAGCGCCAGCUGCGUCUUCCCCACCUUCAACCUGAGGAAACCCUCCUCAGAAACAGACAUUGAGAACUGGGCCUCCAAACACUUCAACAAGCACACCCAAGGACUCUUCCGUAGGAAGGUGUCCAUCGCCAACAUGUUGGCCUGGAGCAGCGAAUCCAUCAAGAAACCCAUGAUCAUGACCAACGACCGCAACGUCAAGAAAGAAGCUUGUGAGAUCUUUAAACUGAUUCAGAUGUACAUGGGGGAUCGGCGGCGGCGGGCCAAGACGGACCAACUCAACGUGGCCUUGGAGAUUGCUACCAAAGGUUGGAGCAUGCAGGGUUUGAGAGAUGAGCUCUACAUCCAAUUGUGUCGACAGACCACCGAGAACUUCCGUUACGAGAGUUUGGCCCGAGGUUGGGAGCUCAUGGCCAUUUGUUUGGCUUUUUUCCCACCUACUCCUAAAUUUCAUUCCUACUUAGAAGGAUACAUCUACCGGCACAUGGAUCCAGUGAACGACACUAAAG